UUUGGAUUUAACCCUUGAUGAUUUUCAGAAGGUUAGCGAUCGGGUUCCCUUCCUUGCCGAUCUUAAGCCUAGUGGAAAAUAUGUAAUGGAGGACAUUCACAAGAUUGGAGGAACACCUGCAGUCAUUCGCUAUCUGUUGGAGAACGAACUUUUAGAUGGAGAUUGUAUGACUGUUACGGGAAAGACGCUGGCCGAAAAUGCUAAGCUUUUCCUACCUCUAUCUGAAGGGCAGGAUGUUAUCAGAAGCUUGGACAAUCCCAUCAAGGAAACAGGGCACCUUCAAAUAUUAUAUGGAAACCUUGCUCCCGAGGGUUCGGUGGCUAAGAUUACUGGCAAGGAGGGGCUAUAUUUCUCUGGUACCAUUUACUGAGCUUUCGAGAUGCUUUAUGAACCAAAAACGUUAUUCACAGUUAAAAUUUUGAUUCAUCUUUGCUUUUAAAAAAAUGAGGAAACAACGAACUUUUCAUUUAACAACUGCUUCGCCCUCGAAUUGUGGCUCUGAAUCUCAUCAUUUAUCAGAACGUACAUCUUCGUGCCUCUGUGCCACUGUCUAAUGCCCGUGUCUUUGGUUGGUAGAGAGUCGGUGUUACAGAUGAAUCACUACUCAAAUUCUUAAAAGACGCUCGUCUUUCUUUCUUUUUCUGUUUUUUUUUUU